AUGACUUCUGGUAACAUUCUACCCAGUAUGGCUUCGCUGCCGUAUCGUUCGUCUAGACAAAGUUCUCGACAGGCUUCAAGGGACGCUCGAGACGAGAUUCAGGUCCACCAGGAUCAUUACAUCGGAAUAGAUGUCGGUACUGGUAGUGCUCGCGCUUGUAUUAUUGAUGCAAAAGGCGAUAUUGUUGGAUUAGCUUCCGAGAAUAUCGGUCUCUGGCAGCCCCAACAGGGAUACUAUGAACAAUCCACGAACGAUAUAUGGCGAUGUAUAUGUCUGUCCGUUCAGCGCGCUAUUAGCCAGCAUAACAUCGACCCAACUACUGUCCGGGGCAUUGGGUUCGACGCAACGUGCUCGCUGGCCGUAUUCUCCACGGUUACAGACGAGCCCGUAUCCGUCACCGGGCCGAACUUCGAUUCUGACCGCAAUGUGAUUCUUUGGCUGGACCAUCGGCCGGUGGAAGAGACGGAAAAGAUCAAUGCUACCAAGCACAACUUGCUGCGAUAUGUCGGAGGAAAGAUGUCGAUCGAGAUGGAAAUUCCCAAGGUCAUGUGGCUAAAGAACAAUAUGCCGAAGGAACUCUUUGACCAGUGCAAAUUCUACGACUUGGCCGAUGCUCUGACGCAUAUUGCUACCGGUAAUGAAAAGCGAAGUUUCUGUAGCGUGGUCUGCAAGCAAGGGUACGUGCCCGUUGGUGUCGACGGAAGCGUGAAGGGUUGGCAGGAGGAUUUUCUCACCGAAAUUGGCCUGGAGGAUCUUAUGGAGGACAAUUUCAAGCGCAUGGGAGGUGUAGAUGGGGUGAACGGUGAUUACCUCAGCGCGGGUGAAUUAGUCGGAACAUUGUGCGAAAAAGCAGCGUCCGAGCUGGGGCUGCCGGCUGGUAUCGCCAUCGGCAGUGGUGUUAUCGAUGCAUACGCUGGUUGGAUAGGCACUGUUGGCGCCAAAGUCGAUUUAGAGGACGAACAGCUGAGCUCUGAAGUUGCCAAGAACGACAAGACACAGGCUUUCUCACGCUUGGCUGCUGUCGCGGGCACCUCAACUUGCCAUAUCGCCAUGUCGCCGAACCCUGUAUUUGUUCCUGGCGUCUGGGGACCGUACCGUGACACGAUCCAGCCUGGGUAUUGGAUGGCGGAAGGUGGACAGUCCGCCACUGGUGAGUUGCUCAAGUAUGUGAUCGAGACUCACCCAGCCUUCAACCAGGCGACCUCAAUUGCCGAGUCGUACAAUACCAAUGUCUACGAAUAUUUGAACGAACAUUUGAAAGAGAUGGCCGACGAACAGAAGGCCCCCAGCGUCUCUUAUCUGGGUCGCCAUGUGUUCUUCUAUGGCGAUCUCUGGGGUAACCGGUCGCCCAUCGCAGACCCCAACAUGAAGGGUUCUAUUGUCGGCAUGGCCAAUGACAAAACUGUCGACGGCCUUGCGAUCUAUUACUAUGCAACCCUUGAGUUCAUUGCACUGCAAACGAGGCAGAUCGUCGAGACGAUGAAUAAAGCCGGUCAUAGCAUCACAUCCAUCUUCAUGUCCGGAUCGCAGUGUCAGAAUGACAUUUUAGUACGGCUCAUUGCAUCAGCCUGCGACAUGCCAGUCCUUAUCCCUCGUUAUAUUCAUGCUGCAGUUUGCCAUGGUGCGGCGAUGCUGGGAGCCAAGGCCGCGAGUGCCGACGCCGAAGGCAAAACAGAAGACCUGUGGGAGAUCAUGGAUCGUAUGAGUAAACCAGGAAAAAAGGUCGUGCCGACAGAAGACGAGAAUGAGAAAGCUUUGCUCAACGUCAAGUAUAAGGUCUUCCUAGAACAGUGCUACAAGCAACUCGAAUAUCGAAAGUUGGUUGAUGAAACCGUGAGCUCGUGGAAGGCUGGUGACACAUGA